AGCUUGAAAAUGGAGAAAGAGCUUAGCUUUCUUAGUUGGGUAGAUGUAAGGUGACUCUAAUCCCCAGCCAAAUUGAAAUCUUGGGUUAAUUUCCACGGCCAGUUUGGAUCUGAGAAAGAAUGGUGAUCGUAACGGAGGAGAUGACCAAACAGUUCCACAAACUAAUGGAAGAAAUUGAUGAACGACAUAAAGAUACAUUCAAGAAUGUUCAUCAAGGGUAUCCAACUGGAACACUAAAGCGGUUUCUCAGAGCAAGAGAUGGGAACUUGAGUAAAGCCCAUAAAAUGCUUGUAGAUUGCUUAGACUGGAGGAUACAGAAUGACAUUGACGACAUAUUGACGAAACCAAUCAGUCCUACUGAAUUGUAUAGAACGAUCCGCGAUACUCAGCUAGUUGGAUUAUCUGGUUAUACUAAAGAAGGUCAUCCGGUUUUUGUUAUUGGUGCUGGCUUCAGUACGUAUGAUAAAGCCUCUGUGAACUACUAUGUCCAAUCACAUAUCCAGAUGAAUGAAUACAGGGAUCGAGUAAUGUUGCCAUCUGCCUCUAGAAAAUUUGGACGGCAUAUUUCAACCUGCAUAAAGAUUCUAGACAUGACUGGUCUAAAGCUUUCAGCUUUGAACCAAGUUAAGUUGUUGACUGUCAUUUCAAACAUCGAUGAUUUGAACUAUCCUGAGAAGACAGAAACAUAUUACAUUGUCAAUGCCCCUUACAUAUUCUCAGCUUGCUGGAAGGUUGUGAAACCGCUAUUGCAGGAAAGAACAAGGAAAAAGGUACAAGUUCUUCAAGGUUCUGGCAAAGACGAGUUGUUGAAGAUAAUGGAUUAUGGGUCUCUCCCGCAUUUUUGUAAAAGAGAAGGAUCUGGAUCUGGAUCAUCACGCAAUUUGAGUGAUGAUUGUUAUUCAUUGGACAAUGAUUUUCAUCAAGAGCUUUAUAAUUACAUUAAAAGUCGAGCUGAGCUAACAAGACCUGCUAGACCGACCAGACAAGGAUCAUUGCAUAUCGGUUUCCCAGAACCUAACCCGGAUGAUGUCAAGAUUGUUGAAACGAUUGAGACAGAGUGUCAAAAGUUUGGCCAUCAAAAUGAUCUCUAAAAUGAUGGCAGAUUUUAUAACAGAUUUGGAAGGAAUUAGGAGAAUAAGUUCAUUUCUCAUUUAAUAUGUAAUGAUAUCCCCAUUUGCAGAUCUGUUAUUACUUAUUACACAAUGUUACUACCACGAACUUAUGUGCUGUAAUUUUCUAU